UUGAUUUUCUUCCUUCUUACGUUGUUACAGUGAGAGAUCAGAUCUGUGGAAUUAGGGUUUCUUCGAUUCACUUUCCAAAAUCGAAAGAUAAUGGAUUGGCAAGGGCAGAAACUGGUGGAGCAGGUGAUGCAGAUCUUACUGUUGAUCUCCGGCGUCGUCGCGGUGGUCGUUGGAUACGCUACGGAGUCGUUUAGGACGAUGAUGCUGAUCUACGCCGGUGGUGUUGUUCUCGCGACGCUGAUCACUGUACCUAAUUGGCCUUUCUACAAUAAUCAUCCUCUCAAAUGGUUAGAUCCGAGCGAAGCCGAGAAGCAUCCGAAACCACAAGUCGUCGCCGUUGCUUCCAAGAAGAAGUUCUCCAAGAAAUAGGUCUAAUGAAUCUCUCUCUGUUGCUGAUAAUUAAAUGAAUUUCUGGUUUUAAUGGAUACAAACACUUGUAAGGAAUAUGCUUUUUUAUUUAUUUUUGUGGUACUUUGAGUUUAACAAUGAGUGUCCGAAAUAACUGAUUGAUGUUAAGACAUUCAUCAGAGAUGUCUGUUAGAUGCACAAACCAAGACUGGUCUUGUUGAUUUGCUCAUUUCUGGAGCUGUAACUGUGUGUUCUGAUCUGCGGUUCUGCCCAGUUAAAGCAAGUGACCACUAACCAAGGCUGGUCUUUGAUUCCUU